AUUUGAACAGGAGACGAAAUGAAUACAACGAUACAUGAACCAUCCUAAGCUAGAUUACCUUCGACAAUUUGUGAAACCCAAUGACCCCAAGGAGGAAUAUAAGAUACUCGCUCCAAUCGGUAGUGGGACCUACGGAGAUGUCUUCAAGGCGGUUCAUCGUGAGAGGCGGACAUUGGUGGCGGUUAAAGUUAUGAAGAUUGAUCUAAAAGAUGACAUUCGAUCAAUUUGCCAAGAAAUACACACCUUGAGAGAAUGUCGGCAUCCAAAUAUUGUGCAGUUUUACGGUAGUUAUCUUAGGAAUAACAAAUUAUGGAUAUGCAUGGAAUAUUGCGGUGGACAAUCUAUGCAAGAUAUUUAUCUCUAUACCAGGCGUCCCUUAGAAGAAGACUGCAUUGCAUUUGUCUCUAGAGAAACUUUACAAGGUUUGAAUUUUAUGCACAAUCGUGGACGUAUUCAUAGGGAUAUUAAAGGUGCUAAUAUUCUUCUGACAGAUAACGGUCAUGUCAAAGUGGCGGAUUUUGGUGUUGCCGCCCAACUGAAUACUUCGAUUGCCAAACGAACAACUUUAAUUGGAACACCCUACUGGAUGGCGCCUGAGGUAGCUUCAAUUGAAUCUCGUGGCUCGGGUUAUGAUGGAAAGUGUGAUAUUUGGGGUGUUGGGAUUACUGCUAUUGAAUAUGCUGAACUGCAACCUCCAAUGUUCGAUCUAGACCCUAGGAAAGCACUACAAAUUCUGGGUUCACGAAACUACAAGCCCCCUUCUUUACAAGACCGUCAUAAAUGGUCACCAUUAUUUCAUUCGUUUAUUAAAUGUUGUUUAAUCAAAGCAGAACGACGAAGACCUGAUGCAGCUACAAUGCUUACGCAUAACUUUGUUACAAAUCCACACUUGUCUACUUUAUUAACUCAACGUCUGCUGUGCUAUCGGAGACAAUUAGAAUCCUCAGCCAAAAAUACUUAUUCCCAUGGAGACACAGGAAUAUCUUCAUCAAAUAAAAAGAAUCCUCCAUCCGGGGGUAAUUUUAUUCCUCCUGAUAAUCAUGAACCACCAGUAUCCUUUCCUGGUAUGCCUAUUUCAGUUCGACAGGAAGAAUAUUUCAAAUCUCUUCGAGUCAACGAUCUCCCAGUUAGUCACGGAAUUGAUGCUAGUGUUCCUGUGCAUUUUGUCCCAUCACAACAACUCAUUAUUGAACGAGAACCGGAACGAUUCUCAAGUGUACAAAUCCAAAGCAGUUUAUCUUGCUCUGAUUUAGCCGAUCUUAGCUAUAAUAGUGAUUUGCUUAGUGAGGUAAUGGAUGCAUUUGAAAAACGUCGAAGUGGUGUUGAUUUUCGUGCAUCUCAAUCCAUUGAUGGUUUCGAUGUUAGUCGGAUAGAUAAUGAGAUCAAAUUGAAUAAUGAAUCACAAAAUGAUACUUCAAUAAUACAGCCGAACAUUCCUCUAGCUCCACGCUCACGUUCGAAACGACGCGCUCCUCCACCACCACCAUUACAGCCAUCAUCUGCAGCAUUGAACGUUAUUACAACGAAUAACACUACUUCUACUACUACUAAUAAUAAUAUGUGUUCAUCAUUAGAUCAAAUAAUAAAUUUGUCUACUUUGGAUAUUGGCAGUAAUAUUUCAAAAACCGACAAGUUAUACAUCAAUGGUAUCUCUGCUCCAUCACAUGAAAAUCAUGUUGAAGAGACAUCAAAUGAUAUAACAUUAAAUUAUAAUAUUAAAAUAAUUCGAGAGGAUUCUAUGAGCAAUAAUGAAAACGAUAAUGAUGAUAAUGGUAAUGAGACUGGAAAAUACAAUAGUUCUGUUAGUAUAAAUCAUAAUGGUCAAUUAUCCUCUUCUAUAAAUGAUAAUGAUAAAACAUUAACACCAGCUCCACCCAGACCUCCACCGCCUAAAUUAAAUAAUAAUCAUACUGGUGUAACUUCUUUGCCAACACCUCUUCGAAAUAGUAAACAAAAUGACGACUCAUCAAAGCAUAUUUCACGUCAACAUCAAUUAGAAAUGGGUAUUGGUCUUCCUCCUACUCCAAAAGUUCAUAUGGGUGCUUGUUUUAUGCAAAUAUUUGAAGGUUGUCCAUUGAAAGUAAACUCAACUGCUACAUGGGUAAAUCCAGAAACUUUAAGUCAAAUUAUUCUGUUUGGCACGAACGAUGGUAUUUAUUACCUUGAUUUAGUCAAUUUAGCUGAUGGUACAUUAGAGUUGCUUGUUCCAAGACGAUGUCUUUGGUUAUUUGUAUUCAAAGAUACAAUGAUGUCAAUAUCAGGUCAACAUCCUCAAUUAUUUAGUCAUAAUUUAAUUUCAUUGAUGAAAAGUCGAACAUCACAGACACGAUUUCUUCAUAAGCGUUUUCAACCAACUGUCAAAGUUCCAGACACACGAGGUUGUUACAUUGCAACUGUAGUACGUAAUCAAUUCAAAGGGAUGAAAUAUUUAUGUGGUGCUAUUGAUAAAAGUAUCCUUGUUAUGGAAUGGUAUAAUCCAAGGAAUACGUUUAUUGAAGUGAAACGUGUUGAAGUACCAUGUAUGCCUAAUCCAUUGCUUAAUUUCGAUUUAAUAAUUAAUCCAAAUCAAACUUUGCCUACAGUAUGCUUAGGUGUAUCAUCUACCCCAGAUCCACUUGUCUAUAAAUUGCAUCUUGUAAAUUUAAAUGAAAAUUCAAAUUCAUCAUGGUAUACAAAUCCUUGCCGAUUUGAAGAUCAGUUGCAAGUGAUUAAAGUUGUACAGCUUGAUACACGUUCGUUAUUAAUUUGUUUUCCCACACACGCCACAAUGGUGAAUAUGAAUGGACGUGUACUAGUUAGUAGAGAUGGGCGAAUAGCCAAAUUCCCAUUCGAUACAACAGUUGACUCUAUUGGUAAGCUUGAAUAUCAUUGUUUUGUGUAUUUAGUUUUUUUUCGGUUUCUUCAUAACUGUAAUUGUGUAAAUGAAAACAUAAAUAUUUCUUUGAAUGAAUAAUGUGACAUUAUUGGAUCAAGCAAACUAUCACUUUAUUCCACUGAAUUAAUUCAUAAUUGCAGGCUUAGUUGUAAUAGGCUUUCAAAUGGAUUUUUCUAAAGUCUAAUUAAAAGUCAUAAUUAACAGUAAUUUUAAGAAUGAGGCUUUAACUCAUCAAGGACAUCAGAAGAGUAUUAUGCUAUGCUACAGAUUGAUUGAAGUUGUUAAUACGAACUACUCAAUUCCUAAUUAUUGGUCUAGACGUAUUGUGUACCCAACACUACCUGGAAAUAUCCACUUAUAUCUUUCAUGUCAGGUUCACAGUGUGCAGUAUUAAUUAGCUCGUCCUAAAUUAGAAUGAAACAGUUAGUUAACCAGCAUUCCCUAGUAGCAGUAGAUGAUACUCCAAGUGAUAUUAAUUAUUUAUCAAAAUUACCCCAUAAAAUCCCUACAAAACCACUUCAUAAUUAUUAUGAUAAUGAAUUCAGGUUUUCUGUUACUCUGUGUUUUUUUGUAGAAUCUUGUAAUGAUGAUUCGUAAACAUAUUAUUUAAUUCAAUUGUAUAUACAUUUAGACAGUAACAUUUGUUUAGUAUUUUUGUUAUUAAUCGACGGAGUAAUUCUUGUUCCAUACAUAAAAUUAAGUCUUUUUAUUCUUGAAAAUAUCUACAGUCACUGAUGUUUCACAUUCAACAAAAUUAGAGGUUUGAACAAAAUGAAAUUAGUAUUUUCAACUUGAAUUAGAUGUUUACUAGAUAGUUUUAGUUGUUAAAAGAAAAGGGAUAUGUUAAAAGUAUCCUAGUUCCUACUUUUGUUAAGAACUAAUUUCCCUUUAAGAAAACAAAUUAUGUGUGAAUAAAUGAUUCAUUUUAUGUGAUUCUCCAAGUUUUAUUUCAAACGCAUAUUUAUUUCAUUUUGUCUAAUAGUUCGAUUGCACGACAGUGUACUAGCUUUUCAUACACAUGGUUUGAGGGGUAUCGAUUUCUUCGGUAGGGUUACACAAGAUAUUGAUGACGAUAAACAUGUAUAUCGACUAUUAGGAAGUGACCGGAACAUCGUUGUUGAGAGUAGGCCAAGUGAUAAUCCAAUGUCUAAUUCAAACCUCCUUAUUUUGGUUGGACAUGAAGACUCAUCCUGAUUCAUAAUUAUUAGUUUUAUUAUCAUUUCGGGGCAAAAUACGAAUUAUUUGCAUACCUGAAAAUUGUUCAAAUAACUCAUUUAUUCUAUCCUCAAUCGAUCGCAACAAAAGUAUUGAAUAUAUUAUUUCAUUGAGUUGGAAAGUCCUAUUCUAUUCGUUUUUGUAAUUGACGACUUAUGAUGUUAUCUUUGUUAUGAAUUCAGAAAACAAUACAUACUCUAUUUCUGUAUGUCUGAAGGAUGGCAAAAGUGUCUUCUCUAACGAACUGUGAACAUUGUUUACUACGUGGUUUUACCAUCAUAUUUUUUGUUGAAACCUAAUUUAUUUCUUUACCUUUUCAUUUCUUUUUUUAAUAGAAAAUAUUUCUCUUGUUAACUAUUUCUCUGGUCAAUCAUUAUUUUAUGAAAUUUGUACAGUCUUAGUUUUAUUUGUUGAUUUCUGGUCGACAUUAUGCUCGCCCAUGAUCGGAUUUAUCUAACUAAUACGUAUGUUUUCGGAAGCUAAUAACGAACAUUGUUUCUGCAACUAAUCCUAACUUUCUUGUAAUAUCAUUUUUGAACAGUUCUGAUGACAAGACUGCCACUGACUAAUCCAUUUAUGGUUCAACUAUUAUGCCGUAUCAAGUAACCUAGAAUACUAAUCGAUACUUCUUCAGUCGUCUCUGAUAACUACUUGAAUGUGAAGCCUAAAUAAUUUGUGAUGUGCUUUUUUUUUCUUUUCUAGGCACUUGAUUCUAAAUCCGUGUGUUACAUAGACCCGAACAUCGUUUUACACAUCAAAGCAUAAUAUCCACAUGAUAUUAGCAACAUUUAUGUAAUAGAUUCAUUUCACAGAUUAGUAUAUGAACACUUAUUUUCGUUACUCAGCUAAAUUUUUACUCAUCUUGACCUAUAUAUAAUACAAAGUGUUGUUGAUAAGACUAGGUCUGGCCCUCUAUUGCACGAGAAUGGAUAUCAUGUUUUUUGUAACUUCAUUCUUCUAGUCGACUCCAUAAGAGACUAGUUCUUAACUGCAACAAUAAGGAAAACACACCCAGCCAUCUAGUAUCUAACACCUUGCUCCAGCUAGCGUGAUGGUUCAAAUCAAGUAAUCCACAUUAAUUUCUGUAUUUACUUAUCAUGAUGCUAUUACGAAGUUGAUCCUUUAAGAGAUAUCAGAAAUACCAUAGAGAGCACAAAUACUUUCUUCCUCGAUUGGUGACACGCUUAAAAACUUUAACAAUUUUGAUUAUUGGUGAGUCACUGUUAGAAACCGUGUUUUCUCAGGAUGAAUGAUUCUCGAUAUAUUUGAGACCAUCUUCCUAUUGAGCCGUGAUAAAAAAGACCGACUUAACAACGGAGUCGAAAUAAUUGUAAUGUAGAUGAUAUUAUGCAACUAAACACAAAGAAUAUAGUUUUGGAGCAGUGACUGAUUAAUAAAAAGUACAGAAUAAAAUUGGAACUCCGGAUUUUUAGGUAAGCAAAAUAAAUGCAUUUGUGCCACUGAGACCGAUUUUAAGCUGUUACCUAUCUAGUUACUUUACUCCUUGGAGGCUGGUCAGUCCCGAUGCAACGUUUCAGAUUGAAAGUUAUGGAGACUUAAGGAUAUUUCUACUUCAGGUAGAAGCCUACCUGAAGUUUGUAAUGUUAUUCAGAAGAACAUUGAAAGCUCCACGACCAAACCACCUAGCUCAGAGAAAAACUUCACCUAAACCACCCACCUGAUCUACGAAUCUUCAUCAACUCAAUAUUUCUACAUUGUUCUCCAAGACGUUUGAGACGCUGUAUUGUUAAGAUCUUCAUCAAACAGAAAUAGGUCAUCAUUAAAUUGUUUCUCAGAAAAGAAGUAAAGUUUUAGUCCUGAUACUUUCUGCAGAUCAAUAUCUGAAUUGUUCGUGUGCCCCAUAUGUGUGUCGCCUGAUAGGAUAUUGAUCUCGAAAUAGACAUGAAGUACGUAUGACGAAAUUACACACAAAAUGGAGGUACAGAGAGCUUUGAUGAAAACCUCGAAGUUACCAAAUCUAAUGAUGAUUUGUCGCAAGCUCCAAGUCGACAGAUAUUCAAUGAUUAACACUGCUACGAUACCUGUUGCUUGACGAAGACGAGUUCCACAGCCUGUCCAAGGAAUAACUCAGUAGGGUUUCGGUACAUUACCUAUGUUCUAAAACCUACCGGAGGAUAAGUAUUUAAUCUGAUAUAUCGAUGGUUCGCUGUUCCCGAACCCUAUUUAAGCGCUGACCAGUUGUGGGAAGUGACACCUUCAACACAAAGUUUGCCGAGCUAACCACUCUGCUGUUUCCAACUUUGUAGUAAGAUGACUGUCCGUGAAUGCAACUAACGGAGCGGGGCAAACUUUACGAGUGGUACAUCACCAAAUCCUCUUAUGACAUAACAUUUUUGUCAGUUUAAAACAGAUUUUUGUUCUAAGGACCUUUACCAUUAACAAUUUUUAAUGAAUAGUUUAAAUCCGUACUUGUGAUGAAAUCGAACCACUGCAACGAACUGUAACUUUUACACAAACCAAUUAUUUCAUAUUGGAACGAUGGUUCACAGCCAAGUUGGGUGCUUUUGGUAUUGUUCCUCAAGCUGGACAAUUUAGUUCCAAAGCUUUCAUUAUCAUCCUGAAUAGCAUAACCAGCACCCACUUCAUUUACAUGUGAGUUUUUUAAAACAGUCCUUUCUUUUCGUGAGUUGCAUAUUAGUUGAAUUGGUAAGCGGUAGCUCCCUUGUACCUCUUACAUGCUAUAUGCAAGACUCAGGUACAAGAAUAGUCCACUUUAGUUGUAAGCAGUGAUAAGAUUAUUAAGAAGUAUCAUCACAGGGUAACGAGUUUCAUGAGCCAUACUUUAGAUCAUUCCGGGAUAUGUAUAUCGCUUCGAGACUAGGAAACAUGUUAUUUAGUAUAACGGUCGAUAUCCAUUUAUAAAGACACGAUCAAAAGUGUGCACAAUAAUAAGAGCAACUACCAGAAGAGGUCACAGUAAUAACGAUCAACAAGUAAAUCAAUAUUAAAAGAGCGAGCAGCAAAGGGGGGAAUAGGGGUUUGAAAUUUGAUCAAUCUCCUUUUUAUACGUUUGCUUUCAUGACUAAUGAAGAAAGUAGUGCUUUAAACGUUCAUCAAACACUUUAACUCCCCAAAUUCCAUAACAAUUUUCUUAUUACUCCUCCAAUCGUGUUGUUUCAUACAUCUAUUUUGAACAACAAAGCCAGUUGAUCUGCUUAAUAAUGGGGUUCCACAAUAGUGAGGUCUAGAUAAUGUAUUUUCACUCUGUUGAUUAGAAUUCCCUAUUGGUGAACAUACGAUCCAUUCGCACCGUAAAUUGCAUUUUCCACGCACAUUGGGCACUCAGAAACAUAUGUGAUUUAAAAUACUGAUCUGUAUACUUUUUAAACGAAUUCCGGAUUAGAAACUACGAUAUUACGAUGGCAAACCAUAAUGUUAAGAUUUUCGUACUUAAAUACGAUGAGGUAAUGGUUUGUCUGGUGAUCCUAACUUUUUAUCAUAACGUUUAACGGCUGGCUACAUGUUAAUACAAACUAAGAGGUUUUUCAUGUAUGCUAUGAAUAUUCGCGAAACGACCAAUCAUUGAUUCAUGCUUAAUAAAAUACCAGUAACAGCACCUAAUAACUUCCCUAAUUAUGAACGAAAAUAUAGAUAUGUCAAACAUAUGAUUAGUAUUAUCAUAACUUAUGCCCCUGUCAACUAUCACGUGACAAAACCGCCAAUCAGAGCACCAACGUAUAUGAACCUGUCCAUGUGCUAAAAUAAUGAUGCACAAAUGAGUAGGCCGUCUCUUAUUUCCCUCGAGCUAGCAUUUUUCCCCCUUAUUGGUUGCUUCAGGACCGUAAAUCAACUAAACUUUAAGCCCCCAAGAACUUCGUUCCCUCUUCUUAUCAUCGCCUUUAUUGAUAUAAGCUUUUCUGAUAAUCAUUCCAUUGGUCUACGUCCUUUUUCUUGUCCCUUUAACAGUGAACUACGAUUGUGAGGAAGCGCUUACUGCGCUACGUUGUUGUCCAAAGUUUUAAAGUUUCUCAGUCAUCCAUAUCGUAUACAACCUUUCUUUUUAUUCAAAAGAUUGAUGGUGAGACUAUAAUUUAUAGUCUCGCCAAUCAAAUACAUCAAAAUUUGUACGCACGUACAGCUGUUGUUCACUAGCGGACGGUUAUAUGUUGCUUGUUAUUGGAUUUAAAAGAACCAAAGUGUAUGUUUGGACUAGCGACGUAUAUUAAAAUUUUCGAAAUGUAACUGAGAUAUCCGUCUUUCGUUCUUGAACUGGCACUUGUCAAUUUGCGACUUAGGACUUCCAAUGUUGCGAAGCCAAUGUUUGCUAUUAUAUAUGCUUCAAGUCAAAAUGAAAAAAAACUUACAAUGCAUCAACACUUACACUUGGGCCUUCGAAUUCACCUACCACAGUACCACUUUCAGUAUUCAUAAUCCAGCCGACAAGGCCAUUUACCUUCGCGAAUUCAGCCGCAUACUGAGUUCAAAUGAUUAUAUUAUCUAGUGACAAACCUUUCUAAAAAAUACACCUGAUGAUGAAUAAGUUGUUAGGAAACUUCCAUACCUUGAACUUUACCAUGAACUUCAAACGUACAACCACUUAAAUCAUCUUGCUUACCCGCCAUCAGCGUUCGCCUUUGGAGAUUUAGUAGCCGAAGGUCAUUUCUGGCUUUAAAAAGACUGAACGUAUGGAACUGUGUUACCCUUGAUAAUAAUGGUCUCUCG